UAUUUUUUGAUUACCUUAUACACAACCACCAUGGCCUCCAAAGUUGUCCUCAUCACCGGCGCUAACACUGGCAUCGGUUACCAGAUUGUCCGCGCCCUUUGCAGCUCCAGCCACGCUUACGACGUCAUCGUUGGCGGUCGCACUCCCACAAAGGUGCAAGACGCUAUCAGCGCCGCCCAGAAAGAGUUCCCUGAUACCAAGAGCAAGCUCUCUCCAAUCCAGAUCGACAUUGAGUCGGAUGAUUCGAUCAACAAUGCGUUUGAGGAAGUCAAAUCUAAGUUUGGAAAGGUCGAUAUCCUCGUGAACAAUGCUGGCGCGCAAUUCGAUGCCUUGCUAAAGCAGGGCAAGCUCUCGGAGCGUGAGUUGUGGAACCAGACUUGGAACGUCAACAACGCCAGCACACAGGUCAUGACCUCGACCUUCGUUCCCCUUCUCCUCGAAGGAUCCGAGCAACGUCUGCUCUUCAUCACCUCGGGCACAUCUACCCUCGCCGGCUCCGAAAACCAAUCCUUAUUCGUCAACAAAUACCCGCCCAAGGGUUGGCCCAAGCCUAACUAUGGCGUCCCCGCAUACCGUAGCGCAAAGACUGGCUUGAACAUGCUGAUGAGGGAGUGGCACAAGAACCUUCGCGAAGACGGCGUCAAGGUCUUUGCCAUCUCCCCCGGCUUCCUGGCGACGGGUCUUGGGGGCAAUCCUGAGAUGAAUAAGAAGAUGGGCGGCGGUGAUCCUGAGGUUGCAGGGCCGUUCAUCAGAAGCGUUAUCGAGGGUGAAAGGGAUAAUGAUGCUGGCAAGGUCAUUAAUAAAGAUGGAGUUCAGCCUUGGUAG